CACUUUUUCAUCUUUUCGGUCCGUAUUCAAAUUUACCAAUCAGCUGUUUGGGAGUGCCAUACGCUAUGAAGCCGGAAGUUUCCCACAACACACCGGAUCACUAGUCCUCCGAACCCGGUUACACCAGUUGAGCACAAGAUUUCCCUUGCAAUUACCAACUGAUCGAUCGCUAUAGCCGACUUUUACAACUCAAUCACCGACUAGGAGUACUGAAGGAAACGCUUAAGAGAGGUUGAAGGGCAUUUUGAAGAGAGUGAUUGAGCGAAAAUUGCAGAAUACUUCAACUGAAGAUGUUGCAGGUUAGAAAGGACCUGAUGGUAGAGAUUGGAGUUACUGGCGACGCAGGAGCUGGAAAAUCGAGUUUUAUCAAUGCGAUACGGGGGCUUGAUGACGAUGCUGACGGUGCAGCCCCAGUUGACGUCAUUGAGUGCACCAAAGAGCCCACAUCCUUUAAUCACCCAAAAAAUCCAAAAAUAAAGUUUUGGGAUCUACCAGGAAUAGGAACUCCAAUGUACCCUGACCUAGAAACGUACCGCGACAAAGUACAGCUCGGCAAGUAUCAUACAUUCCUCAUUUUUUCUAGCAGCCGAUUUACCGAGAACGACAUCAUAUUGGCCAAAGAAAUCAAGAAACAGGGAAAGUCAUUCUUUUUCAUUCGCACAAAAAUUGAUGAAAAUGUGCGAGCUGAGAAGCGAAAGAAAUCUUUCAGUGAAGCUGCUAUGUUGCAGAAAUUUCGGCGCAAUUGUAUGGAAAACCUGGUUGACGAGGCUGGCAAACCUAUAUGCAGUGAAGACCACAUCUUCCUGAUAAGCAACCAUCAUCCAGGCAAGUGGGAUUUUGGUCGACUUACCCGAGCGAUUCUUGACGCAUUGCCAAGGUAUCGGCGAGAGACCCUAAACUUAUCACAGAGAUCGGGACGGGAGGACCCGGAUAUUACCGAGAGAAUGUGGCGUGAGAGCUGGUUGAACGAGGAACGUCUUUUUACAUCGUCUAGAUAUCUGCAGCGAGAGAGCCAUACGUUGUCCUAAAGAUCGACUGAUGGGAGGAUCCCCGGAUGUCACCGAGAGGAUGUAUGUGGUUGGAGAGCCGGUGGAAAAUGGAAGUUCACGUAGGAGUUACUGGCAUAGCAGGAGCUGGAAAAUCGACUUUUAUCAACGCUAUACAGGGGCUUUGUGACGAUGAUUAUGGUGCUGCCCCUGUUGACAUCGUCGAUUGUGCCAAAGCGCCCACAUGCUAUAAUUACCCAGCUGAUCCAA